UUGAUGCCUUUUCAAGAAUCCUGGUCAGGGAACGCAAUAAAGAGGAAUGAGAAUGUAGGCAGAUAGUGAUGGAAGUGGAGAGCAGGAUCGGGGAAGACCCCUUCACAGACAUUUAUUGGGAAAGGAGAAAAGAUGAAUGGCUUAGGAAGUGGGAUGUGCUGCAGAUACGUCAACAAGAAGUAUGGGCCAAAAGAGCCAGCGAGCGGGGCAUGGCGCAAGUUGACAGAAUGUCCAAAGAAACGUUUCAGAGACUGUGUCCGGCUAGAACUCACAGUGUGAUCAGAGCCUUAGAGCAUCCGUUCAACUCGCAGACGGACAUUGCAGAGGACACUGAGGUCAUGACAGUCUAUGCAACUGAGUACUACAACGAUAUUUUGACAUCACGAAUGCCGGCAGAAGAAUCCUUGGCAGAUCUGCAAGCUGAAGGGAACCUCUGGCAGUCCUCCCCACAUCGCUUUAAACAAGAUCAACGUCUGUCCUUGGACAGACCAUUGACCCUGGAAGAGCUCAAGGAGGCAGUCGCAGACAUGGCCAAAGGAAAAGCGCCGAGAGAUGAUGGUCUCCCAGUGGAGUUCUACCAGGCCACUUGGGACCAGGUGGGCCCGAUUCUGCUCAGGCUAUUCAACAAGAUCCUGGAAGGAGGAUCACUAACGGAGGACAUGUGACGUGGGACAAUCACUCUGUUAUACAAGAAGGGGGAUAAGAAGAACGUGCGUAACUGGAGACCCAUCACCCUUUUAAAUGCGUCGUAUAAGAUCC